AUGGAUAUAUCAUCGAUACCUGAAGAUUCAUCGUUAGAAAAAACAUUUUUCGCUCAUAUAUGUGAUAAAUAUUUUUAUUCAUCAGAAUGGUUAACAUUUACUAUUUGUAUUUAUAUUUCAUUUGAAUUAAUAUUUUGGUUAUAUAAUUUAUGUCUUGUAUAUAUUGAAUAUAAUGAUAUACCUGCCAUUGAAAAAUAUCGAAUACAAAAACAUAAACCAAAACUUCGUUUUCAAUCCGAAAUGAUUCGUGAAAUUAAAAAUGAAACAAUAAAACAUCAAAUAUCUUUAAUUUUUGCAUUAUCAUCAGUCUAUCCAUUAUUAAAUUUGAAUGGUCAUGUUUCUAUUCGUUCUUCAAUUCCAUCAUUAUUUACAAUUCUAUGGCACAUAACUGUAUAUAUAUUAAUAGAAGAUUUUAUAUUUUUUUGGACACAUUAUUUAUUUCAUACACGUUGGUUAUAUAAAUAUAUACAUAAAAAACAUCAUAUUUUUAAGCAACCAACUGGUUUAGUAUCUGUUUUAGCUAAUCCAUUAGAAUCAGUAUUUCAAAAUCAACUUGGUGUUUGGCUUGGACCUUUUCUAAUUAAAGAGAAACAUUUAUUUACAUUAUGUUUAUGGAUGUCAAUACGUGUUUAUCAAACAAUAAAUGCUCAUAGUGGUUAUGAUUUACCAUAUAUAAGUCCACAAUAUUAUUUUCCAUGGUUAUUAUCUGGUACAUUACAACAUGAUUAUCAUCAUCAGCAUGCACGAAUGAAUUAUGGAAGUUUUUUAACAAUAUGGGAUCGAUUAAUGAAUACACAUAAAUUACAAAAAGACGAAUAA